GUCAACUUCUAUCUCUCUUCAGUUAUAAAAAUUGACAUUUCAUGUCAUGUAUUCGAACAUUUCAAGCUUCUUAUGUUCUUCGUGCUCUUUGAUUACCAGUUUCUAAAUAGUAUCAUUAGAUGCCCUUAAGAGCAACUUAUUAUUCACAUGGCAUCACCACCAACGUCACAACCACCGGUCUCUUUAAAGGUAGUAGUCCUUUUCCUUCGGGUUCUAACCGGAGUUUUUCUCGUUAUAACGGUGAUCAUCCUCAGCACCAACAGCAUCACUAUUGAAUCUCAAGGAACCGUAAUGAAAUUUCAUUUCAAAGAUGUUUCUGCCUUUAGAUACAUGUUCUCAGCCGCCAUCAUCGGACUAGUUUACGCUGUCAUACAACUGUUCUUCACAAUCUCUGAACUCGCCACAAGAAUAAAAUACCCUAUUAAUUAUCAACUCGAAUUUUAUGGUGACAAGAUAAUAUCAUAUUUAUUGGCAACUGGUUCGGCGGCUGGAUUUGGAGUGAGCAAAGACUUGAAAGAUGCAAUUCUAGCAUUAGUUGUAUUAGAUCCAACUGAUCCUGUGGAUAAUUUCUUCAGCAGAGGAUACGCAUCGGCUAGUAUGCUUCUCUUGGCUUUUGUCUGUCUAGCCAUUUUAUCCGUUUUUUCAUCCUUCGCCAUUUCCAAACACCAGUUUACUUAAGUCUCUUCAUUAUUUAACUUAAUACUCUUUUCCAAUGUGAUUUGAUCAGAUAGCUUUGUCGCAAUGUUAAGUGUUUUGGUGCAAUUCUUUGAAUAUGUUUGAGAUUGUAUUUGUUAUGAAAACUCAUGUUUUAUGUAGAUAUAUAGAUAAGUGUUGGUGAAUGCUGAAUCUGUUGUAUUGAACAAUGGGUAUUAAGUUUGUGUUAAAAAAAAAAUUAGUUUGUUUAUACUCAAUGAAAGUUUCAAUUUGAG